UCUCUUAUUUGCUGUCAAAUCCAAACACACACUCGCACUGUUUUUUUAUAUUAGUAUAUAUUUUUUUCUCUCUCUCUUAUUUGCUGUCAAAGUCUAUUUGGUACAUCUUCACUGUUUUCUUCAAAAAAAAACCCAUCCUCCUCCUUCCAGAAAAGAAAUGGCGAGAGAGAAGAUAAAAAUAAGGAAGAUAGAUAAUAUAACAGCAAGACAGGUGACUUUUUCCAAGAGAAGAAGAGGGCUUCUGAAGAAAGCUGAAGAGCUCGCCGUGCUUUGUGAUGCCGAUGUCGCUUUGGUCAUCUUCUCAGCAACCGGAAAACUGUUUGAGUAUGCAAGUUCAAGCAUGCCAGAGUUGCUAGAAAAAUAUAAGCUUCAUUCAAAUAAUAACGUCGUAGAUAAAGUUGACGAUUCACUGAACCUGCAGCUCCAGGAGAGUGAUCAGACAAGGAUGGGAAAAGAGUUGCUUGACAAGAAUCGCGAACUAAGUCAACUACGCGGUGAGGAUCUUCAUGGACUUACUCUAGAGGAACUUCAGAGGUUGGAGACACUGCUGGAAGGAGGGCUUAAUCGUGUGAUUCGAACAAAGGAUGAACGGAUUUCAAACGAGAUAUCGACUCUUCAACAAAAGGGUUUUCGGUUGAUGGAAGAGAACAAGCACUUGAAACAACAAAUGCUGACUUUGACUUCAAAUGGCAAGAGGCCACGGACAAGGGGUGUUGAGUUGGAUAAUGUGGCAACUAACCCUGAUGAUCAAGGGCAGUCGUCGGAUUCUGUCACUACUAACGUAUGCAGCUGCAGCAGUGGACCUCCUCCCGAGGAUGAUUGUUCUGAUACUGCUCUCAAACUAGCGUUACCGUUUAACUAAAUUGAUAAAACCGCCAUGGAAGACAAUGAAUGAGGUUGAUGGAGAGCAGGGAAUGGUGGUGGUUUGAUUUGAACCCAAAUAAGUGUUGUAUCGGCUGAAAUGUUUAAAUGACAUUCUGAAAAACAAAAAAACACAGACUUUGUAACGUGUGUUAUGAUGGAUUCAUGUGUAGUUAUUUAUUUAAUUGCAAUUUUGCACUAAAAUUGCUGUUUGUUGAAAAUAAUCCAAACAAAGUGUUUAAUUCUAUUCUAUUGUUGACAA